AUGGGAGGGGUGUGUAGGCAGCGGCUCAAGUUUAAGGACACAAGAGGCUGCCAGGAGCUCAGGAAAGCUCUGAGGCCUGGAGCAAACCUGGAGGCCAAGCUGCCCGCAGAUGUGAUAAGCACAAAUCCGGCCGUGGCCUGGAAGUGGCCUACUGCGCCGAGCCUGCGCAUGGCCCUCGGGCUUCCUCCAGGGAUGCUGCUGGGAGUGAAAGCUCUGGCCCUUCUGCUGAGGGACCCAGCUCUGACUCACUUUUCCAGAGAGACCCCCACCAAGCUUGUCAUCUGGUCAGCUUCUUGGAGCAUCCGGCCCCUGAAGACCGCAGGGCAGGUCUUGGCCAUUAUAGCCCCUGUCAGGGCAGAAGGCCAAGCUUUGGGUUCCGGGCUGCUGGCAUCCGGGAAGUGCUCCUGUCUGCCCGCAUCCUCCAGCCUCGGGGAUGGGGAGGCCUCGGGCUCCUUUCCCCGACCGGCAGACGUGCCUCCGGACAGUGGGGAGUGCCCCUGGGCCCAGGCCCUGCUGCCUCUGCUGGCCUAA